CUCUCUCUCCUCAUCCUUUCUUUCUUUGCCUUUAUUUAUCUUCUCUCUGAAUAUCUUCUCUCUCUCUCUCUAAUGGCGGACACACCAUCAAAGCGCCAAAGAGAAGAAACUCAAAUAGAAGAUGUUAAUGAAGAAUCUAAAAGACAUAAGUCAUAUAAAGAUAUGCUCUCUUCUCUUGAAGAAGAAGAAGAAGAGCCAAAUGAAGACCCAUCUUCUCUUAUAACUACCCUACAACAAGAAAUAACCGCCGCAACGACCGUAACGGACCGGAAAAAUGAAAUACCGACCGCCAUAGCAACCGCCGUAGAAGAUUACGAUCAAUCUUUUUCUUCUUCUUCUUCUUCGUCUUCGUCUUCGUCUUCUAGUUUGUUGAAGGAAGACGAUGAAGACGACAAAGAGAGAGUUAUAAGGCAUCUUCUGGAAGCUUCUGACGAUGAACUCGGGAUUCCGAACAGAGAAGAAGUUGUCGGUGGCAGUGUUGGAGAUGGGUAUGAGUAUGAAGGGUUUAAUGGAGUAGAUGGGUCCGGUUUUUGUGAUGUUUUAUGGGAGAUUGAAGAUGCUAACGCUAACUAUUAUGCGUUGUUGCAAUCUGAACUGUUCAUGUAGCCAGUGGAAGGGUUAGGGGUGUACAAGAAAAAGAUGACAGAUUUUAGGGGUUUAAAAGGAAAGAGGAGUAAGAGUGGGGGAAAAUAUAAAAUGGGAACUAUUUUUGAGUGUUCAUUUUAGUCCUCUUGCUUUUGUAAAAAUUAUCAAAGUUCCUCCCUUACCCUUUUAAGGAUUAAAAAUUUAAAAUGUAGAACAAGAAAAAUAUGGGAAGUUCUUACCGAAUAUUCAUUUUA